UCAGCGCCGCGGCAGGAUGACCGUCUGUUGAGCUGGAGAAGGCAGCGUCACAUUUCCCUUUGUGCAUCCACCUGUGCCUGCGGACGGCGCUCUUCGCAUCCUACAUGGAGUAAUAAUAACAACAUUGGACUUUCAUCGUUGCUAUUUAUUUAUUUGUUUAACGCCUCUUCAUCGCCGGGGGAUGUAAAGUUUGGAUAAUGCCCCCGCUCAGCAUUCUGGAUUGCUAAUAUUCCGGCCAUCGCGCUCUAUCUAUCAGAAGUGGACAAAAAUAUGGACACAUUUUUCUUUUAGAACAUACAUUCACCAUGGGAUUGUUACAGCUAUUUCUGGUUGUCUGCAUAUUCUGCACUUGCUCAGUGCAAGGUUUUGGGGUCGACCCAGCUCUGCGCAUCAGCGUGUUGGAUGAACUCAUGCCCGCAGAUGGAUUUGAUGGAGUUACUCAGGUUCAAGGCUUUCACAGAGAGUCAAGAGCGUUCCGCUUCCAAGGUUCUUCAAGAGAAGUGAAAGCUCCCGCUGAGGUCUCGGAGAAAAUCGUCCGCAAGCUGAGCGGCAAGAACGAGUUCACCGUGCUGGUGAAUUUCAAACAAGAGCGCCUCAACUCGGGGGUCAUCCUCUCCAUCCAUCAGAUGGAAAACAGGUUCCUGGAGCUGGAGAGCAGCGGACAGCGCAGUGAGGUGCGCCUCCACUACCGCAUCAAAGGCCUGCAGGCCCACACCGAGGUGUUCCCCUACAGCCUGGCUGACGACCAGUGGCACAAAGUCUCUGUUGCCGUCAGUGCCUCCCAUGUCAUCCUACACAUCGACUGUAAUAGGAUUUAUGAGCGAGUGGUGGAGGCCCCCGACAUGGACAUCCCUGAGGACGCCUCCUUCUGGCUCGGACAGAGAAACUCAGCUCAUGGAUUCUUCAAGGGGGUGAUGCAGGACGUUGAAAUUGUGAUAAUGCCACAAGGAUAUAUCUCACAGUGUCCAGACCUGAACAGAACAUGUCCUACCUGCAAUGAUUUCCACGGACUUGUACAGAAGAUUAUGGAGCUGCAGGAUAUCCUUGCUAAAACAUCCAGUAAGCUGUCCAAAGCAGAGGAGAAGAUGAAUGGCCUGGACGGCUGCUAUUGUGAGAGGACCUGCAGCGUGAAGGGGGUGGUCUACCGCGAGGACGAGGGCUGGGCAGAUGGCUGCAGGAACUGCACCUGCAUGAACGGCACGGUGCAGUGCGAGGCCAUCUCCUGCCCUCAUCCUCAGUGCCCGGCCAGGACAUUGCCGGCCUAUGUGAAGGAAGCCUGCUGCAAGGAGUGUCAGCCUGUCUGCCUGUUUGGCGGAAGGGAGCUGGUGGAGGGCGAUCAGAAGGCUGUGCGCGACUCCUCGGACAGGUGUCUGCUGUUUGAGUGCAAGGACAGGAUGAUGCAUCGAGUGGUCCCCAGCAAGCUGUGCCCUGAACUCCAGUGUCCUGAGUCUGAGCAGAUCACCUUGAGUGACAGAUGCUGCAAAGUCUGUAGAGGUCAUGACUUCUGCUCCGAGGGCCACGGCUGCGUGGAGCACUCCGACUGCGUCAACCUCGAGGCUGGAGACUGCUGCGUUUGCAAGGAUGGAUUCCGACCCCUGCGAGACGAUAACGCCUACUGUGAAGAUAUAGAUGAGUGCGCUGAAGGGAAGCACUACUGCAGAGAGAACACCAUGUGUGUUAACACCCCUGGCUCCUUCAUGUGCAUCUGCCAUACGGGCUACAUCAGGAUCGAUGACUAUUCCUGCACAGAGCACGACGAGUGCCUGAGUGGCCUGCACGACUGCGACGAGAACGCCUUGUGCUUCAACAUGGUCGGAGGACACAGCUGCUCAUGCAAGCCGGGCUACGCCGGCAACGGAACCGUCUGCAAAGCUAUGUGUAACGGGUUGUGCCAGAAUGGGGGGAUGUGCCUGUCGCCCAAUAACUGUGCCUGCCCGCAAGGAUUCACUGGCAAGAGGUGUGAAACAGAUAUCGACGAGUGUGCGGACGGCUUUGUGGAGUGCGAUAGUAAAUCCACUUGUGUCAACUUGCCCGGCUGGUACCACUGCGAGUGCCGCGACGGCUACCAUGACAACGGCCUGUUUUCUGCCAACGGAGAGUCGUGCGUCGAUGUCAACGAGUGCAAGACGGGCAGGAACACGUGCGCCAAUGACACCGUUUGCUUCAACCUGGACGGAGGCUACGACUGCCGCUGCCCCCACAGCCACAACUGCACCGGCGACUGCAUCCACGACGACAAGGUCAAGCACAGCGGGCAGAUCUGGGUGCUGGACAGCGACCGCUGCUCCGUGUGCUCCUGCCAGGCCGGCCAGGUGAUGUGUCGCAGGAUGGUGUGCGACUGCGACAACCCCAACGCCGACCUUUUCUGCUGCCCUGAGUGCGACCCGCGGCUGAGCAGCCAGUGUCUGCACCAGAACGGAGCGCUGACCUAUGGCAGUGGCGACACCUGGGUGGAGAACUGCCAGCAGUGCCAGUGCCUGCAGGGCCAGGUGGACUGCUGGCCUCUGCCGUGCCCGCCCGUCGACUGCGAGUUCACGGUGGUGCCCGAGGGCGAGUGCUGCCCGCGCUGCGUGAGCGACCCCUGCCAGGCGGACACCAUCCGCAACGACAUCACUAAAACGUGUGCGGACGAGCACAGUGUCCCGCGCUUCAGCGGCUCCUCCUGGGUCAAACACGGCACCGAGUGCACCCUGUGCCAGUGCAAGAACGGACACAUCUGUUGCUCAGUGGACCCCAUGUGCCUUUAGUGGCACCUGUACAGCAUUCUCCAUGUAAAAUACAUUAAAGGUGAAGAAUAAAAACCCGCUACCACCGCCACCACACUUGAAUGUCUCCUCACUGAUCUCGUCAGGCUUGUUUACGGCGGCUGGAGGCGUGAAGUUUAUUGUUAUCGUUUCAUUGUAAAUGCCAGCAGGUUUGGUCUGUUCAUUUAAAAAAAAAAAGUAACAGUCGUCUUUCUACUAAACCUGUAUGAUAACUAACAUGAUGAUGAUUAUGAUGGCCUUCACUCUUUGUUUAAGCUUACAUCCACAUGAACCUUGUAAAAUAUGAAUAUUAACUGGCAUGCUUGUGCUUGAUGUCUAAACAUUUCUUUUUGCAAAUUUCUUAACUGAUAAAACGAUGAUGACGAUUCCUUAAAGGCCUGUUAGCAUUCUUUUUGCCACUUAUCAAUUGUCUGUAUUACGUGGUGCUUUGUAGCUUUUUCUUGCACUUUUCUUGAGGUUUUUUU